CUGAUGAUACAUUUACUUGGCGUUAUUGGCAAAAGUUGCAAUUUAUGGCUAAGCCAAAAAAUCAACAAAAACCAGUAAAAAUAACAAUUCCCGAAGAAAAAAAGGAUGCUCUUAUAUCUGCUUGCAAGGAUCGUCCUAUUCUUUGGGAUCGUUCUCAUCCUGAUUACAAAAAUAUUGUUCAAAGAGCCUAUGCCUUUGAUGAAGUGGCUAAAAUACUUUCUGAUGAUUAUCAUAAAUAUUCUAGAGUAAAAGUAGGGUUUAUUUGGCGAAGUUUGCUUUCCACUUUCUAUGUAAUUUCAAAGGGAGUUGAAUCAAAUGGAGAAGCUAGUGAUACAUUGCAAUUUCUUGCUAAUAAACAAUUUCUUGCUAAUAACGAGCAAAUAAAUAACAGAAUUGAAGAGCAGCCUGCUAGUACUGGAACACAAAAAUCAAAAUCAUCUCAAGAAGAUUUUCGCAAAGGCAGUCAAGACUACGUUUUGUUUACUUCCGAGCAAAAAGAAGCUUUUAUUGAUGCUAUUCGGGAACGUCAAAUUAUUUGGGGUUUUAUGCCACGUAACUUCGAGGAGUUUCAAGAAAGGAGAGCUGCCUAUAAUGAAGUCGCUGAAAUUCUUUCCAACGAUAAAUCAAAAUAUACAGGACCAGAAAUGCAAUAUUUGUGGCAUAAUUUACGUGUUGCAUUUCAACAUAGGUUGAAAAAAGUUAUUGCAAAUGAAGGAGAUGAUAGUAAAAUUACUUGGAUUUAUUGGAAAAAGUUAAAAUUUAUUGAAGAAUAUGAGCGUACAAAAAUAAAUAUAAGAAUGCCCGAGCAAGCGUCGUCUCUUAAUUCAAAAAAAGCGGGCGAAGAAGAAGGGGAGGAAGAACAAAUAAACGAGCCGUCUACGAGUGAUAACUAUUAUCAUGCUUCUCAAAAGGAAAAAGAUUUUGACAACUUGACUUCUAUGACUGUUGAUUUGUCUAAUUUUGCCAUCUUUCCUGAUGAAGUUGAAAAGGGUGUUAAAAAGUUGGAUGGCCAUGUCCAUGUUAAAACAAGAAGUUCGACAUGUAACAAUGAUAAUAUUUUGUCAAUUAAUGCUAGUCCAAAGUUGACCAAUUCGAGUAACUCGACAAACAGCCAAAUUGAUGAAUGGAAGAAAAAAUCUCGUCAUUUUACAAAUUGUGCACAUACGGAUACAUGUGAUCCUUUUGGAUUAUUUGAGGCAAAUGAAGAGAAUAUUUGUUUUAGCUGUUUGGAGAUUAGAGCUAACUUAAGAGAAAAGGCCAUUUUAAUGUGGGACGGUGAACAAUUGGAACAACAACUUUGUGAUUAUGCAUAUUUCCAUGCCAUUAAAAUAUUUAAUCCUAAUGCUGAAUAUCAAUUUGCUAAUUCAAAAUCUCAACAUCCUUAUUUCCUUUCUUAUAAAAAUAUUAGACAACAAGUAAAAAUUAUUCUUAAAAAUUUGUCUUCUUUAUUUAAUUUCCCUUCUGAAAUGAUUAAUGCUGCAAAAAGAGCUUUUAUGAAACAGACAAAAAAUAAUCAAAACGCUUUGAGAAUUUCUACAUAUUGCAAGCCUAAUAAUUUCAUCGUCUGUUUUCGCCAUGCAAAAUUGUUUUGUAUUUAUUAUCGUCUUCUCCACAUGGAUUGGAAUAUUCAUUGGAAUUGUUAUUUGAGGAUAUCUCAAAUUCAAAAACGUUUGCCUAAUUUGAAUGAUUCUAAUGUUAUAAAUGCUAUUGAUCCUCAAAUUUUUAUGUAUAUUUCGAAGGAAUAUUUUUCUUUAUUUAAAAUGCUGGAUGAACGCUUAUAUGAUGGAAGUGAUGGAAACAAAAAAAAUUUUAAUCAUACAGUUACGGACUCGUUACUUGAAGGCUUUUAUAGCUGGGACAAAUUUAAUGAUUAUAUUAAGGAUAUGGGAAUAUUGAAAAGAAUAGAAGAAGAAAAAUAG